AUGAUUUUUUGGGGUUGGGUGGGGAGGUUGGGGGGGGUUAGGGUGUUGGUUUGGUGGGUUUGGGGGUUGGUUGUGAUGUGGGGGGUUGGGGAGGAGUGGGGAGUGGGGGUGGAGGGUGUGGGAGGGGUUGUGAGGUGGUGUGGGUUGGGGGGGUUGGGUUUGAGGGGAUGGGUGGGGUUGUGUGAUGAUGGGUGGGGGUUGGGUAUUUUUUUUGGUUGUGGUAGGAGGGGUUGGAUUGGUUGGUUUGGGGGUGGUUGGGGGGUGGGGAGGUUGGGUUUUGUUGGUUUGGUGUGGGGGGUUGGUGUGUGGUGUUUUGUUGGUUGGGGUUUGGUUGUUUGUUGGGGGGGUGGGUUGGUUGGUUUGUUGUGUGGUUUUGUUGGGUGGGGGUGGGGGUGUGUUGUGUAUGGGGGGAAUGGGGGGGGGGGGUAG